AUGGAAGAUUCGAAGCUUCAACCUCAGUCGUCAUCGCAUCUUUCAAAAUUUCUGCUUGUGAUUCCUGCAGCUCAACAAGCCGACGACGUUCACUUCCGCAACCUUUGCCAGAGGCCAAUCACCAGAGCAGCGUUCGAAAUAGCCCAAAUCGACCGCAAUGUGAAGCGUACGCCCUUUAUCCGAGGCUAUGGGUUACAAAGAACUCUCAUUUCAGCCGCUUCGUUCGUCGUCGUACGGAAUAAAUUCGAGUCGCUCUCUCUUACCCAAAAUGGCCUGAAGCAAAUUUGUUGGUUUUCGGCUGCAAGAAGCGUGCGAAAACAAGAGCGUUCGCCAACACCGAAGGAUUUUAAUAACGGCAGGAAUGAGUCGGAAAAUACGGUUUCUAGUCUACAGGAUGACUUGCAUAAAGGAUUUGAACGCUCGGAGAAAGCCUCGCAAGCUGCUCAAAUUAACUUAAGUGCGCGGCUGGCGAAAGACGGUCUCGCUCACGGGAAGAAGGCAGGAGUUCGGGAAAUAUGGCGGUUGAUCAAGAUUGCCCGUCCAGAAGCGAAGAUCCUAUCUGUUGCAUUCGUAUUGCUUAUUCUUUCGUCUUCGGUUAGCAUGUCAAUUCCUUUCUCCAUCGGCAAAAUCCUUGAUAUCGCCACGAACCCGGACUCGAAUCAGCUCUUUGGCCUCAGUCUUCCUUGGUUUUAUGGUGCUUUGGCAGGCGUCCUUACUCUUGGUGCUGCAGCUAGCUAUGGGAGAAUCAUCAUCUUACGAAUUGUUGGAGAGCGGAUUGUUGCUAGACUACGAUCAAGGCUCUUCCGACAGACCUAUGUCCAAGACGCUGAAUUCUUCGAUGCGAACCGAGUUGGAGACUUGAUUUCGCGGCUAAGUUCAGAUACUAUCAUUGUUGGAAAAAGUAUCACUCAGAAUCUCUCCGAUGGACUUCGUGCAGCGGUGAGUGGCGCUGCCGGUUUUGGGAUGAUGGCAUAUGUCAGCCUUAAGUUGUCGGGUAUUCUAGCAUUGCUAUUUCCACCAGUUGCUAUCGCAGCCUUCUUCUACGGUAGGGCAAUCAGAAACUUAAGCCGGAAGAUACAAAAGAAUUUGGGGACUCUCACCAAGAUCGCCGAAGAGCGGUUAGGUAACGUGAGAACGAGUCAAUCUUUCGCUGGGGAGCGAUUGGAAGUCAGUCGAUACAACCAUCAAGUCAAGCGAAUAUUCGAAUUAGGAAAGAGAGAAUCGUUUAUCAGCGCGACAUUUUUCUCCGCUACUGGUUUCACAGGAAAUAUGACCAUUCUUGCUCUACUAUAUGUAGGCGGCGGGAUGGUUCAGUCCGGUGGAAUCACUAUCGGUGAACUCACAUCAUUUCUCAUGUACACUGUAUAUGCAGGCUCGAGUAUGUUCGGGUUAUCGAGCUUUUACUCAGAACUAAUGAAGGGCGUCGGCGCUGCCAGUCGCCUCUUUGAACUUCAGGACCGAAAGCCCACCAUUUCACCUACUGUUGGAUCAAAAGUUAAAUCGGCGCAAGGGCCUAUUAAAUUUGAAAAUGUUCGAUUCAGUUAUCCGACUCGACCUGCUGUAACGAUUUUCAAAGAUCUCGAUUUUGAAGUCCCACAGGGAGCUAAUGUACCAUUGCUGAGAACAUAUCUUAUGGAAAGCCAGAGGGCAACCAGGGCUGAGAUUAUCGCUGCUGCGAGAAAGGCUAAUUGUCAGUUUAUCGGCGAUUUCCCCGAUGGUCUUGAUACGCAUGUGGGUGCACGAGGAACCCAACUCUCUGGAGGCCAGAAGCAGCGGAUUGCAAUCGCCCGAGCUCUUAUCAAAGACCCUGAUAUCUUAAUUCUUGACGAAGCGACAUCGGCUCUUGAUGCAGAAUCUGAGACUCUCGUUAACAGCGCUCUGGCAGCCUUGUUCCGCGGAAGCAAUACCACUAUCAGUAUUGCCCAUAGGCUGUCAACCAUAAAACGUUCUGAUACAAUCAUUGUUCUGGACUCAGAAGGCCGGGUUGCCGAACAGGGUUCCUACAAAGAUCUCAGUUCAAGGCCAGAUGGUGCAUUCAUGAAACUCAUGGAAUGGCAAAUCAGCGGAGGGGAAUCUGGAAUGACUCCCGUGGCCCAUUACGAAGGAUCCACAGUCCGUGGGCCACCUUCAGAAGCAGAAGAAUUGCAACAAAUGCUCCAAGAUGGUGAAGACGAGGAGUAUGACGAAAGCGGAGACGUCGAAGAGGAAGACAUUCAGGCCAAGAAGCUAGGGCCUGCAGAGAGCGAUGAGGAGGUUGGCGAAAGGGCUAGCGAUACCGUCAAACGCUAG